AUGAGUGGCAACGCCAAGCGUCCGCUGCCGCCGUCUUCGAAGGACGGUGAAGACCUGUGGCAGAAGCGUGUACGCAUCGACAACACCACUGCCUCUACGCGCACCAUUACCGCUUCUAAGCCAUACAGGCCAUGCCUGCACUGCGGCAGCGAUGAGCACGACUUCACCAAGUGUGUCAACGAGUGUUCCCACUGCAAUGGUGAGCACUUCUUCAGGCGCUGCCCCGAGCUUGGGGUGGACGUCUACAGCCCGCAAGGGUUCCUCGUCUUCGCCACCUCCAGCGCGACCAAACGUGCUAUGGAGAAGCUGCUACCGUCAAGCACACCAAGCGAAGAAACCAAGACACCACCGUCAACGACCGCCGACGUGCUGGCCAAGUUAGACAGCAUCAGGGCUGAGCUUGAUGCGAGUGGAGUCUUUCAGCCUCGCAAGGAUGCUACAACUACAGCACCCACCGCCGCGGUCGACGAGCCGGCUAGCAUCAAGCGCGAGCCUGGCACGGAUGGAUCAUCACCACUGCGCGACCUCCCGGGCGGUGAGCCCACGCCGUCACCUCAGAAAGAGAUGACGCAGUCGCCGCCAAAAGCUCCUGCUGCGACUAAUCCGACAAUCAUCAAGACGGAGUGCGAACCGAAGACAGCUCGCUCAACGCCACCGAGCGACCUCCCGGUUGCUGAGCAUUCGGCGUCUCCGCCACAGAAGCAGCCUGAGCAGACCACGAAGAGGCCGACGAUGCUCAGCAGAAUGCUGCGUGUCGGGAACGUAGCCUGUACGACCACCAAGGAAGAAUUGAAGGCUUUCUUCAAAGGCUUCGAUGUCGUCACGGUCUCGGUCCCCCUCGCUGACCUACGCACUGCUCGUGCUGUUGGCUAUGCCUACGUCACCAUCUCUCCGGCCUCAGAAGCUGCUCGUGCGGUUGAUGAGCUGAUGGGCAAGAGCAUCAACGGACGUAAGGUCUCCAUCACUGUCGUCUCCGGCCCUGCCUCGACGCCAGAUGAGCUGACAAAGACAUUCACUCCUUCUGCCAAGGGUGAGCCCGCUCGAACCGUCACCGGAACGAAGGACCCAAGGCCUCAGCGUAGCCGCACGAGCGCUUUCUGGGCGGGGCCUAGAAAGGUGUCAACAGCUUCACCGCUCAUCAAACCACCGCCCCGAUUCGGGCUGCCUAAGUCUCCGUCAAUCGCAGCAACUGGAGGGCUCGCUCACCCGGUGGUUGUGCCCACCUCAGAUGAGACCAAAGCGAGAGACGAGAUUGCAAGACGACAGCACGCAAUCACGGAGACGCGGAAGCUGAUCGAAGCCAACCGUCAGGUGAUGGCCGUCUCUCCGCCCGAAAGCCACCAUCUGUCCCAGCAAGCCAUCGUCAUGCACGAGAAGACCAUCGCAACGCACCGGGUCAUGAUUGCGUUGGAGGAGCAGGAUAUCAAGCGUAGGACCGUCAUGCCGCAACAGUCCAUCAUCACGCAGCAGCCCACCACGUCGAAGGUUCAGCCAGCCGCCCAGAACAUCUCUCAGCAGCCAACGCCACAGCCAAUUCUCGCGCAACCUUCAGCGGCCGUUACCAAGCCAGCGAUGCCGACGAUCAGGCGGAACGGACAGCGUGAUCAUGCGCGCGAGCAGCGGCUGUGGACUAUGGUCAACAAUACGGUCAGAAAUGCUGUUGAAGAGACAUAUGUCAAGGGCAAGCCGUUCAACGGCAAGGAUUCGAAAGUUGAUCGUCUAGACCCAGCGCUCACUGAAAUCAAGGCCAUGAUCUUGGGCGAGCAACAGUAG